UGACAAAAAACCAACAAAAAAACGCACAAAACGCGCUUCGCAAACGCAAUAAGAACAAACGCGCGACGCCUGGGACAAAUAACCAGAAGCAAUAAUUAGCACAAGAUUAACGUUGUUUGUACAAAGGAGCCGACAGUGCAGCAUCAGCAGCUCAGCAGCAGCAGCAACAGCCCUCGCCCAACAACAACAGCAACGACAACAACAACAACGCCAACACCACCACCCUAAUUUACAAAAACAAGAAGCAAAGCAAACGCAACAAAUAUGCAGGCGAUUAAAUGUGUUGUUGUUGGCGACGGUGCAGUGGGUAAAACCUGCCUGCUCAUCAGCUAUACGACAAAUGCAUUUCCCGGCGAAUAUAUACCGACCGUAUUCGAUAAUUAUUCGGCAAAUGUGAUGGUCGAUGCGAAACCGAUUAAUUUGGGUCUGUGGGAUACGGCCGGACAGGAGGAUUAUGAUCGUUUGCGUCCAUUGUCGUAUCCACAGACGGAUGUCUUCCUCAUCUGCUUCUCGCUGGUGAAUCCGGCCUCGUUUGAGAAUGUGCGCGCCAAAUGGUAUCCGGAGGUGCGUCAUCAUUGUCCGAGCACACCGAUCAUCCUUGUUGGCACCAAGUUGGAUUUGCGUGACGAUAAGAACACGAUUGAGAAGCUGCGCGACAAGAAGCUGGCACCCAUCACCUAUCCCCAGGGUCUGGCCAUGGCCAAGGAGAUCGGUGCUGUCAAAUAUUUGGAGUGCUCGGCACUGACGCAAAAGGGUCUGAAGACCGUUUUCGAUGAGGCUAUCAGAUCGGUUUUGUGUCCCGUUCUGCAGCCCAAAUCCAAGCGUAAAUGCACAUUGCUCUAAUUUUAAGAAGCACACGCACAGCACACACACACCACACACAUACACAGCACACACACACACACCAAACACACACACACAACACACCCACGAAGCAUUGUAUUUGUAUUUGUCGUCAAGUCUAUUUAAUAACGUAAUAUUAUUAACUAAAUAACAAUUAUGUAACUUAAGCCAGCAGCCAGCAGGCUGAGAGAGAUC